AUGCGCUCGGCGGAGCAGCUCGACGAGGCCCUGGUGGCGUUGGAGCUGCGCUCGGCAGGUGGAAACCUCCUCUACGACUGCCGCCUCGACUCCGAGAGCACGGCUGCGGAGCUGCGGCAGCUGCUGCGAGAACGACGAACGCCGCCCUCCCUGGACCCGGAUUUCACGAGCUUCUUCGUGGGGCAGGAGGAGCUGACGGAUGCAACGAGCUUGAGGCAACUGACGGAGGGGCGGCAGGGCACCUCUUUGGAGAUCACGGCCGUGCACGAUGGAGGUUCCCGGGUUCGACGGAAGCUCAAGGAGAGAGUGCGCCGUUUUGAUCAGUGGUCAUUGAACAGGGCAGGGGCGGAGAGCGAACAAGUGGAAGAAGAGCUGGGAUCGGACUUGGCCAAGCUCCACGCCUGGAAUGACAGAGUCAUCGACGAGCUGGAUGAGCUGCGCUUGCGGGACCUGGUGGCUCUGAUGAGGCAGAUGGAUGCUAGGACGACCAGAGUCCUCACCCUUUCGAAUGGCAACUUCUCCGUCCCAAAUGCCUUUGUCUUCGACUGGGAUCGCAAUCUGGUGCUCGUCGGCUGCUACUGA